AUGAAAUCAACGUUGAAGUCGCUUCUUUGCGACAAGUUCUGGUACUGGGACUCGAAUGACGAAUCCUGGAUCGAAUUCAAGACAAACGGCACGGGGAAUCUCUUUGCCCGCCGCGAGUUUUGCAUGUUCAUCGCCGCAGAGUUCGACUGGAAAGCCCAGAAUCCCGAGAUACUUGACUCCGAAAUCGAUACACGAAGCUCUCCAGUGUGUCAAUGUGAGAUAGAAAUAUCUCUGACCAAUCGCUACAGUCCUUUUUUUUCGCCGUUCAAAAAGAACAAACCGGUCGUAGUUGACAAGAAACAAGGCAACGCUGCGGUCAAUUCCUUACGUCUCUCUGACGACGCCUUCACCUCCCGGAAAUUUGCCAUCCGCAUCGAGAAAGGCGAGUUUAUCACAGGUGAAGAUAAGAAACUAGGAUUGUCCACUUCGGCUGCGGCGAACUUCGCAUACAGGCUUGUCUUCGAUUCGUCCCCGUAUCCCCCACAAAAUAUGUGGAAAGAAGAUACCUCGGGGGAUCCAUUGGGUAAACUUCGGAUCUGGGAAUGGAAUGAGUUUUGUGCACAGCGAGAGCCACGGAGUUCAUGGGCGUGGAAGAUCUUCGGAAGAUUCUUUGGAUAG